UGUCUCGGUGGCUGCAGUCGGCCACCCGCACACUCCAACUCAUGGGCGCCACACCCGAGACGUGGGUGGGUCACCUCUCAACGSGCCUGCGUGGCGGUCCUUUCGAGGCCUGGGAGGAAUUCUAUGCCUACUCCCUUCGUGAGGGUCGGACUCCGACCUUCGUGGAUUUCCAGGCRUUCCUCGAGGAUCGCUYCGGAGCCCGAUACGACGUGACUGACGCCUUCGAGCGUGUCGUCACUACACGCUGGUCCGGCUCUGGUGGCGCUCCCGGCCUGGAUCGCCACAUCCAGGUCUUUCAGGACGCCCGCCUCGUUUGCGACGUGGCGUUCCUCCCCGAGGCUGCCCUUAUCGAUCGUUUCUUGGCCAUCCUUCCGCUCGAGUACCGCUCCGAGCUAUGGAGAUCCUCCCUCUAUCUACAUGGCUCCCAUCUCUACUUCCGUCCCUCCGCCGUCCGUCGAGUCCACCCGCCGUCGCGCGCUGACGCUGACGCUGAGGAACUCGCACGAUAUACGGCUGACUUGGAGCCCGCAGUUCGUGACCUCAUCCGAGAGUACCACGACGUUUUCCCAUUGUUGUUCUCGUACGUCGGCAUCCCACCGAUAAGUGACGUCGAGCACUCCAUUCAGCUCGUGCCGGACUAUCGUGUUCACCACCAGGCACCCUACAGACUCUCGAUCCCCGAUGCCACCGAACUCAAACGUCAGCUUGAGGAGCUCCUGAGACUGGGUUUCAUUAAACCCAGCAACUCCCCGUGGGGUGCACCCGUCCUCUUUGCUCGCAAAGCGGAUGGGACUCUUCGUCUCUGCAUCGACUACCGCGGCCUCAACCGCUACACGGUUAAGAACAGCUACCCCAUGCCUCGUUCCGAUGAGCUGUCUGAUCGCCUAGCAGGCAACCGCUUCUUUACGAAGAUUGAUCUUCGUAGCGGUUACCAUCAGAUCCGCGUCGCUGCAGCCGACCAGCCGAAGACAGCGUUCCGAUCGCGAUUCGGCCACUACGAGUUCACAGUGAUGCCGUUCGGCCUCACCAACGCACCCGCUACCUUCCAGAGGGCGAUGAACGACAUCUUCAGGGACAUCCUGGAGCAGUACGUUCUCGUCUACCUCGACGAUAUCCUGGUCUAUAGUCAUACCCUUGAGGAGCACCUCAGACACUUCCUCGACGUCCUUGAUCGCUUGCGCAGACAUGGCUUCUACGCUAAGCUGAGCAAGUGCCGCUUUGCCCAGCACAAAGUGGAUUUCUUAGGACACUACGUGUCUGACCAGGGUCUCCACAUGGACGACGCGAAGAUCACUGCUAUUGCGGAGUGGCCCGCUCCCACAUCCGCCAAGCAGCUUCGCAGCUUCCUAGGCCCGACCAGCUACUAUAGUAACUUCAUCCGGGGAUACGCUAGGUAUUCCUACGUCCUUAGCUCCACCCUCCUCCGGAAGAACCCACCCUGGGCUUGGACACCCUUUCACGAGGACGCCUUCCUCGCCCUCAAGAAGGCGGUGACAUGCGCACCGGUUCUUCACCUACCCGAUUUUGACCGCCCUUUUAUCCUUACCACCGACGCGUCAGACUUCGCUGUAGGAGCAGUGCUUUCUCAGGUCUUCCCUUCAUCUCCUGAUUCCUCUCAUCCUCGUAUACCUCUCUUCCCACCACCUACCCCUACCACUGCUUCCCGACUGACGCCUACUUGUCCUGCUACUGACGAGCCUUCUAUUGACUAUACUCCUACCAUCGCCGAGGACGGCACUGUCGAGUCUCGCUCAGGUGAUUGUCCGAUAGCCUUCUACUCCCGUGAGCUCCUGCCCGCUGAGAUAAACUACACUGCUGAUGAACGUGAGGUUCUCGCAGUAGUUUAUGCCGCUCGGCAUUGGCGUCACUACCUGCACGGGGCACCAUUCACGGUGCGCACGGACAACUCUGUUCUCCAGGCUUUUCUGACAAAGCCGAAGCUCAGUCCUCGACAGGCUCGCUGGUGGCGCGACCUAUCCGAGUUUAGUUUCACCACUGAGCACAUCAAGGGUGAGACUAAUCGGGUCACAGAUGCCCUAUCCCGACGCCCUGACCACGACCAGGAGCACAUCCAGCUCUCUUCCAUCUCGGUCACCACCGUCCACCACUCGGUGAUCGACGAGUUUCGCACUCAGUACCGCCACUGCCCCGACUAUUGCGACAUCCACGCGACCCUUCGGAGUGUCAAGACCGUCCCGAACUACUCUCUCGAGGACAACGGUCUUGUGUACGGGCACGGUUCACAGGGCACCAGAGAGCCCCGUAUUUGCGUUCCCUCCACUGGACAGCUACGUGUCCGAGCAGUAGCAGAGUUCCAUGACCAGGCAGUUGCCGAUCAUAUGGGCUUCCAUAAGACGUUGGCUCGUGUGAGCCGCCUGUACGUCUGGCCGAAGCGGAAGGACUUUGUGAAGGACUACGUCGCAGAGUGUCCCACCUGUCAGGAGAUUCGAGGCCGGGGUGAUCUUGUGACGAUUGGUAGCUGGUCGCGCCUUAGCGAGCGCGAAAGAUAACUAUUGCCAUAACUUCUUUCUUGUUCUGCUGUGGGAAAUGAAAAAUUUUGGCGCGG